AGUGCUUUUUAUUGAUUUAUUUAUUACUUUGUAUAUAUUUUUGGUCAACAUUUUCAUUUUUAUUUUGGUUAGUAUCUCAUUAUUUUUUUUUAUUCUUAAUUAUACGUUCGUUUUCUCACGUUUCUAAUUUGGUAGUUGGUCAUUUUUUAAUAGUUAUGAUAAAUAAUUGUGACAUUUUCUUCAGGGCAGAACACCGAAAGAAUUAUUAUUUAUUAUUGUCAUAAUCAGAACUCAGAAGCAUAUAGGACUAGUGACCCGUCAGACGUCAACGAUCAACGCUCCUUCUCGCACAUCAGUGAAUUUGAAAAGAAAAAGGCUUUUUUAUAGGAUUAUUGAGCGGCAAUAAAACUAGGCCUAGUUUACUGAGAGGGGGGUUACGGGUUCUGCAAGGCGAGCCAGGCAGGAACAGGCGGCCAGACAUAGUCAGGCCUAACGUUCGAGUACCUUAGACCAUGUGCGUAGUCGCUUUGAGCGCCAGACUAGCCUGCGUAGUAAUAUGGUCGGCUCAGGUGACGAUGAUACCGAUUACGACGAUUCUGUUAGUCAGGAAGAGUCUGUCGGUCACGAUGAAUCUUCCGGUCAUCCUGUUGAUUGGACGCUCGUCAGAUGGCAUACCAGUCAGUUUAGGACUAGAGGGCAUAGCACGGCUGGCACUUCUGAUCACGCAAGAGUCAGCCAGGUUGAGGAUGCGGCUCCUGUUGACACCACUUUAAUACCCAACUACGGUGGGCACGUAGCAAAGGUUAUAUUUGAGGGAUCGGAACGCACGCCUCCGAUUUUGGAAUGUCGUCUUAGGAAGAGGAUGUUGGAUGCGAUCAUCAGACUUCCGGACAUGUCUGAUGAGCUGUACGGGUUGUUACCUGCCACUCCUCUAGGUCGUCUGCCGUAUAUGAUGCACCAACACAUUGAUAGUGCUCUUAUUACGGCAUUUGUUGAGAGGUGGUAGCCUGAUACCAACACCUUCCACAUGCCAUGGGGGAGAUGACCAUAAUGUUGCACGACGUGCAACGCAUGUUAGGAGUUGGCAUUGACGGUUCAAUUCUCGUUGAACCUGCUGAUGGUGACUGGAAGCUUGGUCUUCUCGGUUUGUUUGGAAAGCCAAUUUCGGAGCUGCGUAGGAAGGGGUACUUCACCAGCAGGAGCAUUAAUGUUGGUGAAAUGUUGCAGCUAUGCCACCGUUCUCAGUCUCUGGAGACUCAGGCUACUGCGUAUUACAUGGCCAUAAUGGGUUCCACGCUGCUGGUGGAUAAGACUAGAGUCGGGAUGCGAUCUCACCCUAUACUUGCUGUGACUGCUGAUUAGGAUGAGAUUGCUUGGGGUGCAGUGACGCUGGCUAACAUGUAUCGCCAACUGGGUAUGGCGACAAGGACUGGGUGCAAGACUAUUGUUGGUUGUCUGACACUGUUGCAGACAUGGAUUUACGAGUACUUCCCAUCCUUCCGCCCCCAUCCUCGUCAAGCUGAUAUACCUAAAAAGACUAGGGCGGAGAUGUGGUCCCCGCAGAAGCCAAUCCGUGAGCUGAGCAGACUAAGAGACUGUAGGAGUAUACUGGACUCCAUGACUGAGACACAUGUUUUGUACAUGACCUCACACAUCGUUUUACUAAUUAUUUUAAUUUUAUAUUAUGUUGUUUAUGUUAAUUUUCUUUGUAAGUAGGUGGAAUGGACUCCGUACAUGACUUCUCCUAGGGCUUUAUUGAACGAGCACCCACGCACCGCUUAUAUCGGGGGUAUCACAUGUUUGAUAUCGUGGAGGUGUAUUUGCCUGAGAGGACAGUCAGACAGCUUGGUUUUGCACAAGCUAUUCCCCCCCUCCUCCGUUGAGACCUACCUAAGCCCUACGACCUGCACAGGGUUCCUAUUCAGUGACAUUCGCUUCUUCGUCUAUGUACACGGAGAUGUGGAGUAGGUUCCCUUAUUGUGCCCGCGUUGGUGAUCAGGCACUGCGUCGAGCAUCGGUUCCAUCAGAGGCUGUCCCUGAGUAUAUCGACUGAUUUAGAGUGUCUUCCCACACAUUUCUUAUCCCUGGUGAAGGACCUACUGCUGCGUUUGGUGCAGCGGAUAACAAAGUUGAAUACGUUAGUGUUUCUGUUUAUCUAUUUCAUUUUUAUGUGUCAUUAUCGAAAUUGUUGUCUAAUUUUUUGAUAAUACAAUUGUUUUGUUUGUAAAGUUUGCAACUGAAUUUUCAACUCGACUCGCGCCAUUGCUCAGGAUGCCAGCUGUUGUUCAUAUGACGCCACGGGAAAGACAGGCUGCUGAUAUGUAUUUGGAUGAACUUAGAAAUUUGUUUGCCGAAUGGCAAGCGUUUAGA